AAAAGUACAUAAAUAAUUCUUUGUAAACUUAUAGUAUACAUUUUUCCAAAAUAAGAAGGAAAAUCGCGCUCAAAAAUGUUUACUUUCAUUGCAAGCUGUUUGCUUUAUUACAGAGCUUUUGGAGAAGUGUGUAUCACAAAUUUUCAGAAUUGCUACUUUUGUAAUUCUCUACAACUCUACGAUAUUUAAACGCAUUCCUGUAUCAAAGAUCUUGCGCUACCCUUGCAGUUGUAUUAUAAUUUUACCUCUAAUUUGAAUAAUCUUUCAAUACUUUAUGUUAUAACGUAACAGACUUUCAAAUAUCCCGCUUUCUAUGCAUUAUCCACGAAGUAUUUUAUAAGAGAAGAUAUGUACACGUAGCUGAAAAAUUUCGAUUUUCAGUAGACAUUAUUCUAUUGCGAGUUUUGUAUGAUCCGUGAAAGCGAUGCAGCCGAGGUUCAUGACUUUUGACAGUUGUGUAAUAAACACAAGAAAUAACAUUAGAAACGUACAAUGAAUGAUUAUAAAAUUCCGAUAAUUGAACCAACUAUCGAUUACACAAAGGUUCCACCAAUCAAUCAAAAGAGAACGAUUUCCUUUAUCAAUCAUUUUAUUGUACAUACUGUAACAUUUCUUAAUAAGUUUGCUAUGUCAUGCGAAGAAAGACUGUUCGAGUUUGAAAACAAGCUUCAAAAAAUUGAAGCGUCAUUAGAAAUUUUAGAAUCUUGGCUAUCAUCUGUACCUCAUUUAGAACAAGACCAAAGCGCUAAAGAUAUUAUAGAAGAUAAAAGUAAUAAACAAGAAGAACAACAAAAUGUAUCAAAAAUAGAUGAACCUGACAGUGUCAAAGAAGAAGAGCCUAAGGAUACACAAAUUGACGAGCAACCAAUAAGUAAAGACCCACGUUACGAGAAAUAUUUUAAAAUGAUACACUUUGGUGUACCAAAAGGAGCAAUCAAAUUGAAGAUGGAGCAAGAGGGAUUGGAUCCUUCCAUAUUGGAUGAUUCCCAGCAAAUAAUUUCUAAGCAGAAGUCUACAAAUAGUGGUGAGAGUAAAACAGAUUAAAUAUUUAGUUAUGCUAUGUUAAGCACAUGAACUAUUUUCACGUUAUAAAAUAUAGUUAAAAAAAAAAAUAAACAACUAUACAAAUUCA